AUGUGCAACCGUGUCGACAAACUGCUCUACGUCUGUGAUCGGUGGAACUUGUCGAUCAGCGUAGCCAAGAGCUACUGGGGUCGACGCAAUGUGGCGUAUCUAGGACACGAAGUAUCCUCAGCUGGGCUGGAAGCGAAACCGAAGGAGCUCGACGCAAUCGCCAACCUUCCGUUCCCUACCAAGUUGAAGGCGAUGCAGUCGUUCCUCGGAAGCUUGAACUAUUACAGCGGUUUCAUUGAAGACUUCGCAGUCUAUGCCGCGAUUUUGUACAAGCUGCGAGAAGCAGACUUCCAUGAAAUCGCCAAGAUGGGAGCAGAGGAGACGCGGGCCGAUGAUAGUCAAAGAACUGGGGGCGAGCGCGAUAGGUGGGCGAGGGCGAAGAACGCUUUCACUAUGUUGAAGGCGAAGAUUAUUGCCACGCCGGUCCUGAAGCACUUCGACCCGGAACGCACCCCUGUCAUCGUGCUUUACGCGAAUAAGUGGGCCAUAUCAGCGGCAUUGAUGCAGGAACACGAAGGUGUCUACCAUCCGGUGACCUUCACCAGUCGCACGCUGAAGGCAAACGAACUCAACUAUGGAGUGGUGGAUAAAGAAGUAUUGGCGCUUCUGCGAAUCUUGGACGUCUGUUACUCACAGCUGGUUACCAGAUCGAUCAAGGUCUUGUCACGAUUCUCGACAUUGGCAUGGUUGCUCAAGUCGAACGGGUUCAACGGUCGACUGGGUAGGUGGGCAGCGCUGCUAUCAGGGUGGACGUUGGAAGUCAUCAAAUGUGUAAAGGGUGAAGACGAAAUCCUUGGAACAAUCACAGCUAGCAUCACUCCCCGAGCUGAUGUCGACGAAGCCCUAGUCGCGAUAGCACCCAAGAAACAGCCACGGAAAAUGAUCACCAUGCCUUCACCAACGAUCGAACCAGAAGGAUGA